GGGGGCGAGUGGUGUAGCUUCCACAUAAUUUACUGUCGAAGUGAGCGCCCUCUCUCUUUCUAAGAACGUCUGGGUGAUAAGUGUAUGGUUCUCUUUGUGAGCUAAGGUCAAUCCGACGACUUACACUAAUUGAUAAUACAUCCAUCGAAUUUAAUAACGUUAACAUAAAAUAUGGCAACUGAUGACGAACUUGCUUGCGUUUAUAGCGCUUUGAUUCUUCAAGAUGACGAAGUUGCGAUCACUUCUGAAAAAAUCAACACCAUAUUAAAAGCUGCAAAUGUAUCUGUGGAGCCAUACUGGCCAGGUCUCUUUUCUAAAGCUUUAGAAAAUAUAGAUCUAAAACAGCUUAUUACCAAUGUGGGAUCUGGUGUUGGUGCCGCUCCUGCUGGUGGGGCAGCUGCAGCUUCUGGUGCAGCACCGGCUGAAGCAGCAAAAGAAGAACCUAAGAAAGAAGAAGAACCUGAAGAAUCGGAAGAAGAUGAUGACAUGGGAUUUGGUUUAUUUGAUUAAGCAUCUUUCAGUUGUGGAACCAAAAACUUUGUUUGUCAGAGUUAUAUUUUGUAUGGUUAAGUCAACCUCAUGUCUAAAAUAAAAAGAAUGUACAUUCUGAAA